AUGUCAUACCUAGGAUCAAAGGCCGUCAAAGGUCUUGCAGCAGGCAUAGGUCUCAGUUUCGGAAUCUAUAUCUGCACACAAGGCAAAGAAGAAGCCGUUGACGAAGCGAGUCUGGCUCACCGGUUUGCAUCUGAGUAUCCGCCUCCCGCAUACUCGCCGACUGAUGACACCCCCGUACCGCAACUACCUGCGCCAAUCCUCUUGCCUCAGCGCAGACCAAAGAACCGCAAGCGCGGCUUCGUUCAUGCGUAUGCACCGGAUCUUGCCGACUUUGGCAUCGAUCAGCCUAUGUUCUCUGAUUUCCUGAAUACUGCCGAGAAGGCUUGUCAGGGAGCGCGUUGGUUGAAUGCAAUUAACCUGGCAUCGAUUGGAACGAUGUUUAUGCCCAGUGCUACGGGAAUUGCUGUGUCUAUUGCCAUCCAAAUAGCUACUGAUGUUGCAAUUGCUGUAGAUGGAGCCCGGAGGACCAACACAUUCUUCGAUAAGAUGAAUCAAGAGUUUUUCCAGCCCCGUGGUCUCUUCUGCCUGGUAAUGACUUGGAAUCCUGAGUUACCGGAUGCCCCAUCUACUACUUUGGGUUUGAACUCCCUGAUCUUCAAGGCUACAGAUAGAGGUGGUUCAGACAUGCUCAGCCGUCUUCGGCACAAGUUCAAGUCCUCCGACGGGAAAGGAUUUAUCUUCCCCGAGAUAGCACCUUUGGUAUUCCCAGAGCUUGACCAGCUGGCCUCGGACGAAGAUGCAGAAAAGAAGCUCUCAAAGACCAAGAAGAAGAGGAGUUCUCAUUUAACCCAAGGACCAAAGCCUACAUUUACCUCGUGCUAUGCCGAUCCCAAUCACCCUGCCAGCAGCGGCGACCUGCUUGCUCUGGUGACUGGAGGCCAUCUCUCUAUGGGCAAAUUGCAGAGUCUGAAGGGUGCUCGUCCUGGUCUAGGGCGUACUCGCGGUUCAUACAAUCAGGAUCCAUACGCCAGCCAUAACUACUCUUACUCGCAAAAUGAACCGCGGUCUAACCCUUCCACUCCUCAUGCUCCUCAUGGGCGACCUCUGGGGAGGGGUAUCAUUGGAGAUUUGAGGGAUGCUCGAGACUCCCGCUCUCCCAGACAAAGAGGUCCGUAUGGCUCGAGUGUGUACGAGGCUCAAAGUGGUGAAUACAGAGUGUUUGAUCGAACAGCUCGUGGUGACCGCGGGCAAAACAUUGGCCUUCUUACGCCGAUUGCGAAACUGCGUCAGCAAAAGGUCUUAUACUUGGCCAUUGUCAAUAUGCCGUCUGAAGCUGAAAUGGCCCAGGCUCGUGAAGCUUUGGGUGCAUGA